AUGCAGAAAAAUCAAAAUGAUGCAAGUGGCUAUAAAAAGCCAAAGGCAACGAUAAAUGAUAAAGAGCCGUCAACAGCGUCAUCAGCGGCAAAACAACAACAACAGCAACAACAAAAAAUGGUAGUUAAUAAUAGUAAACAAACAACAACAACAGGAACAUCAACGAAUAACAAUUAUUUAGGUCAUAAAAACCAAACACAACCCAUAGAAACCACAUCAUUAAAUGCUGCCAGUGCUACAUUAUUUGCUUCUAUAUGGAGUAAAUUUUCUGCCACUUGUAAUGAAGCCAAACAACAAAAAAUCUUACAAAAACAACAAGCUUCUAAAAUACCUACAGCAGCAGCGGCAUCAACAUCCCCAACAACUUCUAAUGGCAAUGCUAAUGGUAACAAUGUUACCAAUCGUAAAAAAAGAAAAUCAAAGAAGAAUUCCAAUUCAACUUUGAAUAUGACAAAAUAAAUAAAAUAACCAUAUUUUUUU